UACGCCUGGGCUGUACACUCACUCCUAGGCUGCUUGGGAGCGGCAUACAGUGAACAAACCACAGCUGUCAGAUUGAUGCGGGCGACUUUGCUGACGAAACAGAUCAACACAUGCCCGCCCGUGUUGUACUUGUGUUGCCUACGUAGAUCACUCCAUGUAUAUAUGCUGAGAUACAUUUCUCCGUCUUCUCACCUACCUCCGCGUAUUCAUAUCUCCUCGUCGCAUAGCUCUCACCACUUCUAUCCUCAUCUCUCGUACGGCUCCCUACAGUCGACGCGCGCCAAACCGACUCCCUUCACACAGCACAUCCUCACAACAGAAGUUCCUCAAUAUGUCGCAAUACGGAGGUCCUGGCGGUAACUACCCACAACAGUCGCAAUACGGCGGCAACCAAGGUCAAAACCAGCCACAAUACAAUACACAUGGUGGCCCUCAAGGCUACAGCCAAUCCGGCUACGGCGGCGAACAACGACCAGGUGAAGCACAGGGCUACUAUGGACACAACCAGCCCCACGAUCAGCACAACCAAGGCUACCAGCAGCAUAAUCAGUACGGCCAGCCACCUCAGCAGUAUGGCCAACAGCAACAACAAUACGGUGGCGAGCAAUCACGAUAUGGUGGUCCGCCCUCGCAGCAGGGAUAUCCACCAUACGGCCAAAACCAAGGCAAUAAUUCCUACCACAACCAGCCAAGCAAUGCUCAUCCUCCCGUCGGCGGGCCCUACCCACCUGGUGCUGGACUCAACCCCGCCGAAGGGGAUCGCGGUCUUCUAGGAGCCAUGGCAGGCGGUGCAGCGGGCGCCUUCGGUGGGCAUAAGAUGGGUGGCCACGGCAUCAUCGGCGGUAUCGGAGGCGCCAUUGCGGGGUCCCUGCUCGAAGAUGCUGCGAAGAAGCACUCGAGUGGAUCGAAGCCGGAGAAGAAAGACAAAAAGGAAAAGAAGGAGAAGAAGGAAAAGAAGCACCGUGACCACCAUUCCCGACGGGGCUCUUCUAGCUCCGACAGCAGUGAUUCGUCGGACGACGACCGCCGUCACCAUCAUCACCACUACGAACCUCCCGCCGGCAACUUCCACGCGAGCUCCCAACACGUCCGCCUCGAAGGCCAUAGCACCUUAGUCGCCGACUGCGCCGACGUCCAGGGCCAGUGGCGCUACUCGACGCUCGAUCUGAACGACUGCUUCACCAACUCCAACGGCCACCUGUACUGGGCCCGCGGCGGGAAUUUCGCCGCCAGUGCCCGGGAGAUCCGCAUUGUCGACGGCGGUGAAUACAUCGAGGCGGAACUGAAUGAUGGAAGGGGCGGAUGGGUUCGUAAUCGCGCGUGGUUGAAUGAGCGGAUUACCAAUGACAAUGGACGGCUGGAGUUGGUGGGAUAGAUUAGGAUUGACAUCUGGCAUGUUUUCUCCGCCUUCAAGGAAAUUUCGCUAUAUAAUCGAAUGAUC